UCAUCGAAAGUUGAGCCAUUUUUGCGUCGUCGUUUUAACUAAAAUUCAUUUGGAAAAGUUUUCCCGACUUAUUUACAUUUGUGUGGCCCGAAAUUUGUAAUUAAGAGCUUCGUUUUUUAGUGCGCUGCAUCGUUUUAUAGUUUUCAGUUAGCCGUUUGCUCAAAGCCAUGUCCAAUAAGAAACGCACUGGUUUCAUGAACUUCGUAGACGACUGGCUGUCCAAAUAUCCUGGAGGUCGUGGUGCCAUUGCAAAGGAUGCUGCGAUCGCCAAAUGCGGCAAAAUUUGGACGAAGAUGAGCGCAGAGGAGCGUGAGCCUUAUGUCUGCCAAGCCAAAGCCGCGUCCAAGGUCCAGGUGGAAAAAUGUGAAAUGCAUCGCCACAUUGACCGCAUAAUCUGUGGGGCAAAAAAUGCACUUGAUCUCCAGCAGCAGGAGUACAAUAUUGUUGCCUUUAAUUAUUUCGCCAACACUGGGAGUGUUUACGUCCCUGCUGAGUAUGCCACCUGCCGUUACUCUCUCAAGGAAGGCAUCAGUGCGGUGUACAGUACCCUUAUUGAUCCGGGGCAACUCAUCUUUGGGCAAAGCCACCAGGCCAGGCAACAUUCGCGGGAAACCCAUAAGUUGCCCUUGCCCCCGAGUGCCUUGGGCACGAAAAUGGGGAAACUGUACAAGAAAUUCAUUGAUGGAUUUCCAGAGGUCUGUGAAGGAGAUCCGAUCAUAAUGUACACCCCCACCGAUCAAAUACCGAUGGUAAAGGCUUGCUUUGCCUAUUUGGAGUGCGAGGCCGAUGACAACGAGGCCAUAACCAAGUCCAUUCUGAUCUACGACAUUCAGUACUUGCUUUACGCAUUGAAGAAGGCUGCUUUUGGCAUCACGGGAAAGCCGAACAUUAAUAUUAAUUUACAUGGGACAAGCACAUAUUUUCAACAAGAUCGUUUUGAAUACACCGCAGGCAUUGCUUGUGAGUACCAUGAAGAAAUCGACUGCACCAGCUACUGUGCCAAGAGCAUGGUCAAACGUUGGUGCUACAUCUUCAGCGACUUCAUUUGCGAAGAUUUGGACAUUCGCCUGAAGCCUGGCAAGCACAUUCCGGCAGUGACAAAGCCCAAUUAUCACAUCACUCCAGGGGAACCCGAGAAACCCUUAGGCAACGACGAAAGCAAUGAUUGGGAGUAUGAUCCUCCCCAAGACCGUAGCAACCUAUCGGAUGUACUGGAAAUAGACAAACUAACUAUUCAAUAAAUAUGGGACAAGGAGUGAUGCUAUUGGAGCCACAAGUUGAAAUACAAUAAUUCACUUCUUCAAAAGAAAAACCUCUGUAUCUAAUACACUUCUGCUUUGUUUAUAUUAUCAUCAUCGUCAUCGUGAUUCUCUUCGCCUAUGAUGAAUAGGAUCAAGAUGGAGCUGCUGAACGCAUUGAAGAUGAUGGCGAUGGCGGCGGUGAUAAUGGAAACAUAAGUAGAUUAUAUGAAGAAUGAGUAGUACUUUACAAGACACCUUAAUCAAUAUAUUCAUCCAAUGCAUCAUCCUAGUGGAAGUGUAACAAAUAAAUCACAUUCAAGUAAA